AUGGACGGGAAAAAUAAUGAUUUAAAGAAAGAUCUAAGGUCUCGUAUACAGUCCUUUGGGUUUAAAGAUGGGACAACUCAAAGAGUUGACAUUGGUGAUAGGGUUCGAAUUUCAAAGCCAUCAAGAAUUUCUAAAACUAAUUUGAAAUUGAUCAAGAAAAAUUCAAAACCAACCCAAUAUGAAGAUUUACCACCAUCAUUAAGGGAAGAUUUAUCGGUGGUAUUUAUAGGUUUCAAUCCUGGAAUACAAUCAUCUCUUUCUCAACAUCAUUAUGCUCAUCAUUCAAAUUUAUUUUGGAAGUUGUUCAAUCAAUCUGGACUUGUAUUUACCAUUGAACAAGUGAAGAAAUUUAUUGAUGAUGAUGAUUUAUUUAUUUGUAAAAGGAUAAAGAAACGAAUUCCUGAUAUUGAUACGUACGUUGUAAAUGAACUUCAUUCUGUAUAUAGUAGCCAUUUCCUGGCAGAUGAUGAUUAUGAAUUACUUAAAGUUGGUAUUGGAUUCACCGAUUUGGUUUUAAGAUGUACGAAAACUGCUGCAGAAUUAACUAUACAAGAGAAAUUGGAUAAUGUUCCUCGACUUAUUAAUGAAUUAAAGGAAUCCAAACCAAAGUUCAUUGUUAUUGUAGGAAAGGGGAUUUGGGAAUGUAUAGUUCAAUAUCUUCAUGGUAAACCAUUGAAAUUACUAGAGGGCGGUAACUUCAAAUGGGGACUACAAUCGGAUAUAAAAGAUUCUACAUAUAAAGCAGUUAUGGAUACCUUACAUUCACUUUUAGGCUAUCAAUGUUCUAUACACGUGUUCACCAACACGUCCGGACUUGCUGCAAGUCUCAAGUAUCACCAAAAGUUAGACCAAUGGACUUCAUUAGCUAGUUCUAUUUACAGGGAAGAGAAUCACGGAAAUAAAAUAUAG